GGCUCAGAUCCAUGAUCUAAGACGGUCGACCCCGGUCACACCUCGCGGAGGGACCGUGGCGACCGGGGGGGGGGAUAGCGAACGAGAAACUGAAAUCCUUAUGUCGAAAGACGUCGAGGCAGCAUGCAAGCCCAGAAGCUGCCUCCUUGGGUGUGUUCUCUUGGUGGAAGAGCUUUGGUGACAGGCCUGAAGGCCGAGCCCGUCUACAAGACUGUGCUGAUGUGCCCGCCCAGUAGCUCAAGGCCCAAGCUGCCCAACUAUCAGAAUCUCACACCUUGGGUGAGGAUCUUCUUUUUCGCCCACACGUACUAUGCUUACAUUUACACGUUUUACAUGUUCGUGUUUGCAUUCUACAAGGGCUAUGCGCUGUACUAUCCGCAGAACCGGAAGAUUUGGGAGAUCGUCGGAAUCAUGAUGCUCCCGUGCGUUCAGCACCUGCGGUUCUUCUUUGGCCACUGGGGACUCGAGCUGGGCUUGGUCUAUGACCUUGUAGCCUUCUUGUUUCUCUCCUCGGUGAAGCUUCUGAUCCUCAUGUACUUCCUCUUUGAGCAGGCUUACAUCAUGCGACUAGAUGUGAGAUUCUUGACCAUGGCCGUGGCCGCCGUGGUGGUGGAAAGCGUUUGCGGAAUCAUCAAUGUGCUCCAAACCAUGAAGCUUGCCACGCUGAACGUCACAGAGACGAUCCUCCUUUUGGCUUCCGUGGUCUCGGUGCUCACCGUCGCAUCGUACUUCGUGGUGGAAGAGCUGCUGCCCAGCGAGAUCCGGCCCGAGCUGGGCUACCUCUCGACCCUGACGGAGGUUCCAGAGCCUCGCCAUCAUCGCUGAGGGCUGUUUCCGACAAACACUGCCCCAGCUGCUGUGAGCGUUCUUGGCAUGGAGGGAC